AGCAAGUGGUUGUCAUAGUUAAUGUGUGACAGGCAGGUGGGCCUGAGCGUGCCGGAUGAUUGGAUUAGAGGCUGUGAGCAUUAAACACACUUCUGAGCUUGGGGGGUUCACAGCACUGCAGUCAGUGUGCAUAUUUGUCUAACUGUAACAGCUGACAGUUUUGCAAGCACACCCACGUGAGUGCAAGGAUGUCACACACAAUGGGUGCCAGUAGUUUCCCAGAGAUAAUCAGGCGGAAACGGGACGGUGGUCAGCUGAGCGCAGAGGAGAUCCACGCCUUUAUAGAAGGAGUCAAAACAUGCAACAUUCAGGAGAGUCAAAUAGGUGCAAUGCUUAUGGCCAUAUGGCAGAAGAACAUGGUUGUCGAGGAAACUAUGGUGUUGACGAAGGAGAUGAUGAUGUCGGGUGAAGUUUUGAAAUGGCCCGAGGAAUGGGCGGGGCUUGUUGUGGAUAAACACUCGACGGGUGGGGUCGGAGACAAGGUCAGCCUUCCACUGGCCCCUGCUCUGGCUGCUUGUGGGUUCAAGGUCCCUAUGAUAAGUGGACGUGGACUUGCACACACUGGAGGCACACUGGACAAACUGGAGUCCAUCCCAGGUUUCAACAUCCACCUGUCAGUAGAACAGGUGAAGCAGAUACUGCAGGAUGUAGGCUGUUGCAUUGUGGGUCAGACAGAGACUCUGGUACCUGCAGAUCGUGUCCUCUACGCUCUCAGGGACAUCACAGCUACGGUUGACAGUGUCCCACUUAUAACAGCAUCAAUAUUGUCAAAGAAGGCUGCUGAAGGUCUAAGUGCACUCGUGUUAGACGUGAAGUUUGGUAAGGCUGCUCUCUACAAAGACCUGAACAGCGCUCGGCGCCUCGCCCAGUCACUGGUUACAGUGGGAAACAGCUUGGGUAUAAAAACAGGGGCGGUGUUGAGUCAGAUGGACUCUCCCAUUGGCCGAUGUGUGGGAAAUGCUGUAGAGGUAUGUGAAGCUUUGGAAUGCCUCAAAGGGCGUGGCCCUGACGACCUGAAGAACCUGGUUACAUCACUGGGUAGCUACCUGCUGCAGAUGAGCGGCCGAUCAGCUACUCUGGAGGCUGGGCAGAAGGCAAUCAGUGAGGUCCUGAUGAAUGGGAUGGCCUUGCAGAAGUUUCAGGCCAUGCUGGAAGCCCAAGGGGUGGCUACACAUAUAAGCCGAUCCCUUUGCUCAGAAAAGGCUGAAUACUUUAAGCACCUAAGGCGUGCACAGUACCAGACAGAGCUUGAGGCACCGGAUGAUGGCACAGUUUUGGGAAUAGAUGGUAUGGCCCUAGCCAUGGUGUUGCACAAGUUAGGAGCAGGCCGUGUCAGAGCUGGGGAGCCGAUCAACCACAGCGUGGGGGCAGAGCUCCUGGUAGACCCGGGACAACGGAUAAAGAGAGGUCAGUCCUGGAUCAGAAUACAUCACGAUUGCACCACACUGAGCUCAAAGCAGCACGCUGACCUGCUGGGGGCUUUGGUCAUUGGCAGUGGAAAUGAUUACCAGGACAGUACUCAGGUGGCAGAAUUCAUCCUACCAAACUGAUGUCUCACCUGACACUGCCAUCUGAACUUGGUGCAAACAAAGUCUGAUUAAACAGUAGAAUAAGUUGCAUAAGUAUUCACCCCCUUAAAAUGUACUACAUUUUUAGUGUUACAACCUGGAACACUAAUGGGCCUAACUGGGGUUAGGUUUUUUUUUUAAAAAGGUCUUAAACUUUGAAUAUCCUGCAAAGAACACUUAUUAAAACAUAGGAAACAACCACAGUUCUGCCUAAAGGGGGCUGUCUACCAGGGCAUUAGUCAGAGAAACAAUCAAGAGGCCAAGGAUAACAUCAGCAUGCUUCACUGUAGGGAUGGUGCUAAUUCCUACUAUUUCCAGAGUGUAACCCUACAAAGGUUCAAUAUUUACACAAGCCACUGUAUAUUAUUGUGAGUACAAUAGUGAGAGAGGCUGCAGAGAGAGUGAAUGAAAAUUUGUAAAAUGACUAAGUAUGUAUUGAGACUAUAUUUUGUGAAAGUCUUUAAUUUUACAAGAAUAAUUCUGGAAGGUUCUAAAAUUAUGAAUAUGAAUUAGGAAUGUCAAUCAAUCAAUCAAUCAAUAUAUAUAUAUAUAUAUAUAUAUAUAUAUAUAUAUAUAUAUAUAUAUAUAUAUAUAUAUAUAUAUAUAAAAAACAUUUUAUAAUUAAUUUUUUAGUUGAAUUUCAUUUAAUUGCCCUGGGAGUUUACAAAGUCGAACUCCACGAUCGUUAGAUCCCGAUAUGACAAGGCCCUGAGUGUGUCUCUGCUUCUCACACAAACAGUACACUGACUUCUUCCACCCAACAUUUUAGUUUGAUCCUAUUUAUUAUUUAUCAUACUUGUACUAAACAUGUUCAUAUGACUUGUACAUAUAAUUUGUAGAGAUAAUUAUACUGAUGAUGUAAUUAUCUGUGAUGAAUGAUACUGUCUGUGCAAUGAUGACUACUUUUAUCAUUUUCAACACUGAAUCUAAGAAAACAUGCAUUUAACUAUUUGAAAAAAAUGUUUUCUCAUCGUAGGCAACAAUUGCUUUCUUUCUUUUCAGCUGUAUUUUGUGCUUAACAAUUUACUUUCAGUCUGUACUCUGUGUCACGUUUGUACUUUCAAAUUGACGUCAACAUUCAAUAUCACUGGAAAUAAAGAAAAAAGGAACGCAAAAA